GUAAAGGGAGUGUGACCAUAAUAUCAGAUACACAGAAGUCCAAAGCCCUUCAAAUAGAUUGUUCACCACCUUUCUUUUUCUGUUUGUUUUUGGAGUUUCAGAAAAUGGGAGUGGAGUCUGUGGAGAGAGAACGCGAAAGCAAUGAGGGUACAAUCCCAGCUGAGUUCAUUAGGUCGGAGAACGAGCAACCGGGAAUCACAACCGUUCAUGGGAAAGUUUUGGAAGUACCAACAAUUGAUUUCAGUGACCCUGAUGAGGAAAAGCUCAUCGUCCAAAUUACUGAGGCCAGCUCCAACUGGGGCAUGUACCAGAUAAUGAACCACGACAUACCCAGCGAGGUCAUAAGUAAAUUGCAGGCUGUUGGGAAGGAGUUUUUUGAGCUUCCACAGGAGGAAAAGGAGGCUUAUGCUAAGCCUCCGGACUCCGGCUCAAUAGAAGGCUAUGGGACAAAGCUCUUCAAGGAAAUUUCUGAAGGCGACAUUACGAAGAAAGGGUGGGUGGACAAUCUGUUCAAUAAGAUUUGGCCUCCAUCUGUUAUUAAUUACCAGUUCUGGCCUAAGAACCCACCUUCUUACAGGGAAGCUAAUGAGGAGUAUGCUAAGCAUAUGCACAAGGUGGUGGAAAAGCUAUUUAGGCUGCUAUCUUUAGGGUUAGGGCUUGAAGGACAAGAGUUAAAGAAGGCUGCCGGUGGUGAUAACUUGGAGUACCUUCUCAAAAUUAACUACUACCCACCAUGUCCUCGCCCUGAUCUUGCCCUUGGAGUGGUGGCUCACACCGACAUGUCCACCGUCACCAUUCUUGUCCCCAACGAUGUUCAGGGCCUCCAGGCUUGCAAAGAUGGCCGUUGGUACGACGUUAAGUACAUCCCUAAUGCCCUUGUCAUCCACAUUGGUGAUCAAAUGGAGAUAAUGAGCAAUGGAAAGUACAAGAGUGUCCUGCACAGGACCACUGUGAACAAGGAUAAGACGAGAAUCUCAUGGCCUGUGUUCUUGGAGCCGCCAGCAGACCACGUCGUCGGUCCUCAUCCACAGCUUGUGAACGCCGUUAAUCAACCAAAGUACAAGACCAAGAAGUACGGCGACUAUGUUUACUGUAAGAUUAAUAAGCUUCCCCAAUAAACAAACACUAAGCACCAGAAUAAAUAAAUAUUAUGAAGUGGGUGGUUUUGUUUAUUUUUCUUUUCCUUGUUUUUUUUUUUUUGUUGGUGAAGUUGUGAGUGGUGUGUACCUCAUCAAUAUGAAAUAAUUGUUUGAAUU